CAUGGACACGGUGCUGAUCUCUCAAGACCCACCCAGUCAUGAGGACUUUCCUCUUUCUCUUUGCCGUGCUCUUCUUUCUGACCCCAGCCAAGAAUGCAUUUUUUGAUGAGAAAUGCAACAAACUUAAAGGGACAUGCAAGAACAAUUGCGGGAAAAAUGAAGAACUUAUUGCUCUCUGCCAGAAGUCUCUGAAAUGCUGUCGGACCAUCCAGCCAUGUGGGAGCAUUAUAGAUUAAUGCAGAAGAUUUAGGUUUCCAGAGAAGCAUACAUAACCGAGCUUCUUUUUACUCUUGCCUCUGCUGUAGGCAGACACUUUAAUAAAAAUAAAUGACUGUC